AUGUCUGGCGACCUGACCUGGCGGCCGUUGCCGCAGGCCACAUCAUCUGACAUACCGAUGCUCCUGGUGUCGGUUAACAUUGGCACCGCCGCGUACACCGUUCGCAUCACUGACACGGCCAACAUUUGGGUUGAAAGCCUGGAUCGAAAGUCCAUUUGUAUGAGGGGGUGGAGUGAGAACACAAGCAUAGACCCCAGUGACACACCCGAGAAUAUGGCCAAGUUCCUUGGGAGUCUGAGAUCGGCCCUAGAUCCCACGCAACCGGGCCAUGAGCAGACUUCUCUCACCCUGUCACCAGGCUCCUCCACAGAGGCUGGAGAGAACGGCCUGACCCUCGUGGUUACUUGUCCGCUGCCGGGAUUUCAACCCCUGAAGUGGCCUAUUCAUCUUAAAAAGUCUCCGCCAUCGGCUAUUGCUACUGAUCUCGUUUUGCCUCUACUCGAGGCUCAAUUCACGAGAAAUCAAGAGGUGGAAUCGCUGGUGCAGGCACUAAACCAGAAAGACGCAGUCAUUGCAAAGUUGGCCGAUAAAUUGGAAGCUACCGGAACUGGACUUGAGCAUGUCUUUACCUCUCUUUCGGGAAAGAAAAAAGUGUCGAGAGCUACCGCGGAAGACAAGGUCAAGGGGUUGGCGCCGUUUCGCCAGAGUAGUUGGAAGUCAACUCUUAAUGCGAUUGAUGAUUACCCAACCAAUGUUGGUGAUCUUGCGCGGAAUGUGUUCAAUGGGGAAGGACUGAAUAGACGUUCCCUGAUACAAGUGGACGCAUCACCAGCACUGGAUAAAUGGUGGCAUGAUUUCAAGGGCACAUCAAAGCUGGUGCACCGGAACAAACAACAAACAACCACUACAACAAAAUCACAAUCGCCAGCUGCUAAAUCUACAAGUGCAGAAGAUGACGAUUUUCAAGUUCAGCCAACUCCUCCACACCUUCAGUCCAGGAAUAAAAGCUCGCCUAUAGCCAUCCCGGAUGAUGCUUCAACAGAGGACGAAGAGGAGUUGCCGACGGCGCCUCCUCCAGCAGCAUCGUCUGACAUGGAUCCGCAACCCAACACAGGAAAGUCUGCGUCACGUAUGGCGAAUAUCGGCUCGAGUGAAUCAAAGCCUGGAAUUUCAUUACAGGACACCAAAUCUACCGGAUCACGGGCGACGACGGCACCAGUCCCGAAAGAUGAUGAUGAAACAGCGUCUGAAGCUAGUGAUGAUGAAAUGCCCUCAGUCCAUCCUACAGCUUCCUCCGCGCCAACACCCAUACCCGCGCCAGCUGCAACCAAACCACCUUCUAAGGUAGGGGGUUUAGGUCGUAUCGGCGGCACUGCAAAGAUACGUGCAACAGAGGCACCAAAAGGUGUCGAGGCGAAGGAGGACACGGAGGCCCGGCCGACCGCAAAGCCUCCCACUCCGAAGAAGCUGGGAGUUAUUGGGAAGAAGGCUGACACGGGAGGCUCAAAAGCGCCUACGGCGGAUAAUACUUCCAAGCGUGGUCGCACGGCAGAGCGCGAAGAGCUUCAACUUGAAAAUGAACCCAGAGAAACCUCACAGGAACGUGCUGAUCGAAGGCGGGAAGAGUUGAAAAAAGAACUUGAGAAGAAGGCAGCGGCGGGGCCGGCGAAGAAAAAGAGGCGGUUCUAA